GGUAGCGGCUCCAUCUCGCGGGCGGGCGAACCGAUGUAUACGAGGCGAGCGACCUACGACUCGCCGGGCGGGAGAGGCCAUGUCUGUUCUUGCGAUGCGAGUGAGAGGAUCUCCUCGCGAAGCAACGGCAACGCCAUGGGGCAGUGAUAGCAUAGCGAACCGUCGCCUAGCGAUUCAGUCAUCGGCGAUAGAUAUCAUUGUUGGCCAGUUACUAUUCGAUUGGUGCUCUUACAGAUCCAUAUGGUCUCGACAAUCGCGCUGUUCCUCUCCGCCUCCAGCUACUUACUUCGGCAUAAGGUGCUCCGAGUUGACGAAUUCCAGGUCGUUUCCGAUGGGCUGGGUUGUUCCUUGCCGCUGUAAUGGCGAACUGUCAGGUUAUUAUCCGUGUCAUCUUACUAUUCGUGCUCAGCCUGCUGCAUGCACAGGGUAUCUACAGUUGGACGUCGAGGGGACUGUUCUAGGAAUCCGAGGGACGAUGGCAUAUGGAGCAACUUCUUCUGUUUAUCUUUUUGGACAACAACUUUACAUGCUUCCGAAGACUCUAACUGAAGGUACAUACAUACAUACCUAUAUGAGGUAUCCAUGCCAAAAUAAAGUCAAGUACGUCAUGGAUUGGAUCCAUACCCAGCUUGGCCAUGAACCAACAUUCUCUCAAAAGCUUGGCGCCCCUUCCCUCUAAACUUCUGUGUUUUUUCAUCAAGACGAUGUUCAGAUGCAGUCUAUGCGCACGCACAUAUGGCGCUUAGCGUUUCCAAAUGGUUGUGAAGCUCAACACUUUUGAUAAACACUUUGUGCUCUUUAUGUGGUGAUGCACGUUCUUAAUAUGCAUUAUGUUUCACAUCUGACCAAUUUUUGUGACAUGAUUAGUGUCUCGUGGCAUAUUGUUUUUAGGGAAAUGAAGGAGAUCAGAUAAAUUUUCUCGACAAAGCCAAGCAUGUUUUUAAAGUCAUGUAAGGUGGUAGCAUGUAAGGAUCUUCAGUCACUAUUUUUGCAGCAUGUUCUGGAUGUAAAUCGGAUGCCUGAUGCCAUGUAUAAUAGAAUACAAAUACACAGAGGUUUCAGCCAAUUUGUUUUCAUGCAAAACAGUAGGAAUUUCUCCUUACUGCAUGUAUUUAUAAUAUUUUCAAUGAGUCUAUACAAACUUGGUUUGUAUCAGAAAACAUUCGUUGAGCAGAACAGUUACAUAUAUAGGUGGCCUUUUGUGAUGUUAGUCUCGGUUAAUUCCUGAAAUGGACAGUGAUGGCCAUCUAAA